GUCCAACGAACAUAUUUUAUCCGUUUGUUUAAAACAAUAGGAAGCAAAAGAUGGCAGCUUCAAUUCAUCACUCAAUUUGGUCUCUCCGGCCAUCUUCAACUCAACGCAGUUGUUGUAGUUCGAAGAAAUUAAUUUCAACAACUGGGUGCUGGAACAACAUCGUAUUCAAAUCAAAUUCAAAAGGCGGAAUGCAAUCUAAGAGGAAUAAAUCCGAAAUGAGACCUAAGAGGAGUAACGGUAAAGAAAAUUCCAGCACUGAUGUUGAAAUUGGGGAAAGACUGUAUUUGGGGAUGGAUUUUGGUACAUCUGGAGCGAGGUAUGCAAUUAUCGACAAGGAAGGGAUCAUACAUUCGGAAGGAAAAAAGGAUUAUCCUCUAUUUUUAAGUGAUGGAUCAGUCGAUUGGGUGCAAUCAUGGAAAACAACGCUUUUUUCUCUGCUGGAAGCUAUACCGAUUACUAUGCGUUCAUUAAUCACUUCCAUCUCAAUAGAUGGGACUUCUGCAACUACACUCAUUUUAAAUAGAGAAACAGGGGAAGCUUUAGCAAGACCUUUACUCUACAACGAGAGUUGUCCAGAUGCUUUACCAAUUGUAAAAUCCAUUGCCCCUUCAAACCAUACAGUAUGCUCAGGUUCUUCAACCUUAUGCAAGCUCCUUUCAUGGUGGACCUCAAACCCAAACCAUUCCAAUAAAGAGUCUGCAGUUCUAAUGCAUCAAGCCGAUUGGCUUUUAUGGCUUCUCCAUGGUAAGAUUGGAGUUUCCGACUACAAUAACGCGUUAAAGGUCGGCUAUGAUCCUGAACUCGAGUCAUAUCCACCAUGGCUCAAAUCUCAGCCGUACUCAUGUGUACUACCAACCGUCCAAGCACCAGGAACUGUAAUCGAUACCCUUAAAGAGGAAAUAACAACAAAACUCGGUUUUCCUAAGGAUUGUGUUGUGUGCACCGGAACCACCGAUAGUAUUGCUGCAUUUCUUGCAGCCAGAGCUACUCAACCCGGGAAGGCGGUGACAUCACUGGGUUCAACACUUGCGAUAAAACUAAUGAGCACAACAAGGAUUGAUGAUGCGCGCUUCGGGGUGUACAGUCAUCGUCUUGAUGACAAGUGGCUGGUCGGAGGUGCCUCAAACACUGGUGGAGCGGUUCUCCGGCAACUUUUCUCAGAUGAGCAGCUGAAGGAGUUAAGUAAGCAGAUAGACCCGAUGGAAGCUUCAUCUUUGGACUAUUAUCCAUUACCCACACAAGGCGAGAGGUUUCCUAUUGCGGAUCCCAAGAUGGAACCCAGGUUAAGUCCUCGCCCAAAAAGUGAUGUAGCUUACUUGCAUGGCAUUUUGGAAUCAAUAGCACGCAUCGAGGCAAAAGGGUAUGCAUUGUUGAAGGAUUUAGGAGCCACCGAAGUUGAACAAGUGUUUACGGCGGGUGGUGGAUCCAAAAAUGAUAAGUGGACACGGAUUCGAGAAAGGGUACUUGGUUUGCCCGUGAGUCAAGCACUUCAUACAGAAGCAGCUUACGGGGCCGCUCUAUUGGCAUUGCGGGCAACCCUUUAGCAAUAAAGCGAUUUUUGCUACAUUGGUCCGUCUUUGAUUAAAAAAAAUCAUUGUAUCAUUUUAACUAGAAAUUAUAUGUGAUUCAAGUGAUAUGCACCUCUUAUAUUAAAAGUAAUUAAGUAUGGCAUGGUUAAUGACUUGUAAGGGUAACGAACUUUGCUCCAUGUACACAUUUCGU